GUUGUUUGACUUGGACCCUGACCUGUUGCCCCUUUUCCAGUACAACUGCAAGCAGUUUGCCAGCCCUCAGGAGUGCCUCUCUGCCCCCGAGUUCCUGGAUCACGUCAGGAAGGUGAUGCUGGUGAUCGAUGCUGCUGUGAGCCACCUGGAGAACUUGUCCUGCCUGGAAGAGUAUCUGUGCAACCUUGGGAAGAAGCACCAGGCGGUUGGUGUGAAGGUCGAGUCUUUCUCGACUGUUGGUGAGUCCUUACUGUACAUGCUGGAGAAAUGCCUUGGCACUGCCUUCAGCCCAGACGUGCGGGAGGCUUGGAGCAAACUCUAUGGUGCUGUGGUGAAAGCCAUGCGACGUGGCUGGGAGACUCUCCCAGAAGGAGACUAG